CUUCUUCUUCUCCGUAGUUGCAGUUGCCAUUUUGAAGUUGCUAUGGAAGACGUUGUCGCUCUGGAGUCGUGUGCUCGAGCUCAAGCUACCUCGGUGACUCGUAGCUAUGACGUGCGAACUGUGAAAUACUUAAUGGCAGCAGAACAGGUACGAAACACCAAGAAGAAAGACACGCAACGCGCGCAAAUAUUGCACGGAACCUAUAUUGUAGCAGGAAGAUUGACGUCUGUCACAAGCCGAUAGCGGCGAGCGACAUUUUGGCCGCGGACGCGACUGCCAAGCACUGAUGUCAAGAAGCUUGGGCCCGUCUUCUCGAAAAGUUACCGUCACAAGUCAGUGUCUUGUUGUUACUGCAUCAAGAUACCCCUCACACAUCAACACAAAAUGCUGUCUCUCCGCAACAUUGCCCGCUCCGCACCCCGUGCUGCCCGUUUCACAAAGGCUGUCCGCCCUCAGUCUUCGCUAUUCCGCCAGACAGCCGCUUUCCAGCCAGCAUGGUCCCAGGCCGCCCCCAGGCUCACAGCUUCCUUCCACAUCUCUGCUAUCAGGAGGCAAGAAAGCAGCGCAAAUGAAGAGCUUGUUGCAAAGCUCCAGAGCGAAAUCUCCAUGGAGGAGGACAUGAAGGAAGAUGAUGACCUCUCCGCCAACAUCAAGGAGUACCUUGAGAACAGCCCCUUUGAGCUUGAGGACAAGACUGGCAAUCAGGAAGUUAUCCUGACCCGCACUUUCGGCGACGAGAAGAUCCGCAUCACCUUCACCACCGCCGACCUCAACAACAACGUCAACCCCGAGGACGCUCUCGAGGACCAAGCCAUGUACGAUGACGCCGACAUGGACGUCCAGUCCGGCGGUGCCAACACCAAGGGCGCCAUCAACCAGGGCAGCACCAAGGAUGGCAACAUUCGUGUCGCACCUGAGGACCGCAUUGCCCCCGCCGACCGCGAGGAGCUUGAGGACGACUACGAGAACGAGGAUGAGGGUGAGCAGGGCUUCCCCGCUCACGCCAGCAUCCGCAUCGAGCGCCCUGGCAAGGGUGCUCUCGCCAUCGAGGCUACCGCUCAGGAUGGCGACUUCCUGAUCGAGGACCUCUACUACUUCCCCGACGCCGAGCUUGCCGACCCUCAGACUGCUGAGAAGGACUGGGCGAGGCGGACGCUCUACACCGGUCCUCCUUUCAACAACCUCGACGAGGACCUUCAGAUCCUCCUCGAGAAGUACCUCGAGGAGCGUGGUAUCAACACCCGCCUGGCUCUCUUUAUCCCCGACUACAUUGACCACAAGGAGCAGAAGGAGUACAUUAGGUGGUUGAACAACGUCAAGAGCUUCGUCGCAUAAGCAUCGCAAUAUUCCACUCUGUACUACUUGUAAUCUCAACUUCUGGAGGAAAUAAGGCACUUUUGGCCAUGUAAAAUAUAAGCGGGGACCUCUCCACCCGCAUGUGUGACUGAUACGACUGGGGGGGAAAUCA